UAAGUGUUUAUUGAAAGAGAAGACAACCUUAGUUAGUAAGGCCUUCAAACAGCUUUGUGAUGAGUAUUUCGCCUCGAUAACAGCAUUCGACAUUGGAAGUCUUACCGCACGUGUGAGAAAGAAACAUGGAACCAAAGCGCUGAAAAUACUCACGUCAAGAAGUAACUGUCUAAAUGAACUGAUUCUACCCGACAUGACGAUUAAGACAGGUCCCUCACUGGUCAUUGAUAUUUUUAGCAAGAAUAGAAUGCUCGAGACUGUUGAUUUGAGCAAUAUGAACUUUUGUGAUAACGAAUGUUCAGGCAAGUUCGACGUAUUGUUGAUCAAACUUGCGGAAAAUUGCCCACAACUCAAAAAGCUCGUCCUAACUUUGAAUCAGUGGGUGACAAACGAAGCUCUUACUGCAGUUUUCAAGAGAUGUUCACAACUCAGGGUUCUAGUGCUGAAUUCUUGCCUACCUAUGAUCAAUGAGUCAACCUUUGAAGCUUUGGCAGAAAAUUGCAAGCAACUACACCAGUUGGAAAUAGCUGACUGUGAAUUCAUCACCGCAAAAGUUUUAUCAAGAGUUUUUCAAGCAAAUCCCUACCUUGAAAUUGUCUAUCUAUCCCAUACUAGUGCAACAGAUGAUAAUUUAAGCUCUUUAGGCCAAAAUUGUAAAUCCCUGAAGAGUAUAAUUUUGUCCCAAAACACUGAAAUUACCCAAGUUGGGUAUAUGAAAUUUUUUGGAAAUUGUGUCAAACUUCAUUCAGUUGAUCUGAGAUUGACAAACAUCGAUGAUGAAAGUCUUGCUCAUUUAGGUCUGAAUUGUAGGAACCUCUGUGAGGUUAAGCUAUACCGAUGUGAUUCCUUGUCUCCUGUUGGCCUGUGUAACUUCUUUAAAAAUUGUCCAUCAUUAAAGUCUAUAGACUUGACAGACUGUCCAUCAGUGAACAAUGAGUGUAUUGUCUGUUUGGCUAAUUACUGCCCAGGCAUAAUAGAAGUUUUAUUGCACAACUGCAAUGACCUGACAUCAAAGGGAUUUCAAAAGUUUUUCAGGCAAUGUCCACAACUGGAAACUAUCGAUAUGUCUUUUUGUAAAGCUGUGAAUGACCUUGCACUCAUUUGCCUUUCAAAGAACUGUUUGAAGCUCAAGGUAUUGAUUGCCAAUGCUUGUAGGCGACUUACUUCACAUGGAGUCAAGCACAUACUUAUGGAGUGUACAGAGCUUCAAGUACUGGAACUGUGUGAUAUCGUACUGGAAGACUAUUGCUUUGAACCAUUGAUAAACAAGAGGACUUCAAAGAUAAAGGAACUUAGCCUUGGUUCCUUCCGUUUUUCUUGUUUUAUUUCUCCAUCAACACUUUCAAGUGUUCUAUCCUGUUGCCCAGAGCUUGAAGAGAUCUCAUUCACCAACAUUGACGACCUUUCUGAUGAGUGGAUCAUGUGGCUGGCAGAAACAUUCCCAAGACUUAAGGAUGUGUCUCUCAUGCGUUGUUCUGGAUUGACAAACAAAUCUUAUGAGGUGUUGCUUAACAAAUGUCCUGAAGUUGAUGUGGAUUUUGUCCCUGUAAAGCAGCAGAUUGUUUUUAACACAUUUAGAUUGCAUCCCUCCUAGAUGCACAUCUUCUGAGACACAGACUGUAUUGUAGUUCUACAACAAAGAGAGGGAAACAACUUUAGAAAAGAUUGUUUUUUAUUAGACAAUCAUUGUGCAUUGCUUUUAUCACUUGAAUUUCUUUCUUGUUCCUUCUUAAAUAUUUUUUUGGAACUAAUCCACUAAUCCUGUCACAUUUGAAGGUGUGUAAAAUCAUACAGCUGAAAAAAAAAAAAAAAACAGAGCAGAUUCAAGAGAAAAAAAGAGAGACAAUUCCAACCAGCCAAAAAAUAUGAGAAAAUGAUUUAGACCUCACUGUAUGAUAUCAAAUUGUUGGGCUCUUUUAUCUUCAGGCAGAGGGUAAUUCAAAUGUGAAUUAGAUAAAAAGGCAUUCUAGAUCACUCUGGUAUGUCAUAAAUCUAUUGGUCAAACUUUUUUGUAGCCAAAUCUGAUAAUUAAUGUCCUGUGGAGAUACUUCAAUGGGAUUUAAAAAAUACAUUUGUGUUCUUAUGGGGGUGGUCAGAACUACUUUUUUGGUUCCACACUCCCUCAAGAAAAAUGGGUACGGGCCAGUCUACCAUAAGGACUUAAAUAACAGAUUAAGAAGAAACACAUGAGCAUCUUUUACCAAACCAGAUGAUGCAGUGGUUGUCAUGGUAUUGCCAGUCUAUUCCACACCUCUAGUACCAACACAAUCCCACUUUGUUGGUGUCUGGUAGUGCACAAUGUAAGAUUGUGACAUGUUGUUGCUAUUACACACUACUAUGACUGUUUACCGAUAAUAACCAUAGCAUUCAGAGAAGACUUUAAAGACAUUUGUAAAUAAAAUUAUAAAUUUACAUA